ACCCCGGUUAUCUAAAAUACCUUUCAAACACUGCCUUUCCCACCCCUCAAGAACUCCUCUCCUGUCUUGUAUAUAUAGCACCCCUACAAUAUGCUUCUCUUCACUUCCAUUUCCAAUCUCAAAAACCCUUCUUUACUGUCUACACACUAUCUUUAGCGGUGCUUGCUACUACUAUAUAAAGUCUCCACUUGAAUUAAUAACGAGUGAAAAGUAAGUGAGAGUGAGAGAGAGGAGGAGCCAAUGGCUACUGAUAAGGUCGUGGAGACAGUGAUGGUAGGUAACUAUGUGGAGAUGGAGACUGAAGGGAAGCCUAAGGACUUGAAAGCAAGGUUUUCCAAGUUCUUAUGGCAUGGUGGUUCUGCUUAUGAUGCUUGGUUUAGCUGUGCUUCAAAUCAGGUGGCUCAAGUAUUGCUUACAUUGCCUUACUCAUUUUCUCAACUAGGGAUGCUAUCAGGCAUCUGCUUUCAGCUCUUCUAUGGGUUGCUGGGUAGCUGGACAGCUUAUCUAAUUAGCGUACUCUAUGUAGAAUACAGAACAAGAAAAGAAAGAGAGAAGGUGGAUUUCAGGAACCAUGUCAUCCAGUGGUUUGAGGUUCUUGAUGGGCUCCUUGGAAAGUAUUGGAGGAACGUGGGGCUGGCUUUUAACUGCACUUUUCUUCUGUUUGGAUCUGUAAUUCAACUCAUAGCUUGUGCAAGCAAUAUAUAUUACAUAAAUGAUAAUCUAGACAAGAGGACUUGGACUUACAUCUUCGGGGCUUGUUGUGCUACCACAGUGUUUAUUCCUUCAUUUCACAAUUACAGAAUGUGGUCAUUCCUUGGCCUCGUUAUGACUACUUACACUGCUUGGUACCUCACCAUUGCUUCCCUCCUUCAUGGCCAGGUGGAGGGUGUUAAGCAUUCGGGUCCAACCAAAAUAGUGCUAUAUUUCACUGGGGCCACAAACAUUCUCUACACAUUCGGGGGACAUGCCGUUACUGUGGAGAUAAUGCACGCUAUGUGGAAGCCUCAGAAGUUCAAGGCCAUAUACUUACUGGCUACUCUGUAUGUUCUGACUCUGACACUCCCUUCAGCAGCAGCAGUAUAUUGGGCAUUUGGUGACAUGCUUCUCAAUCACUCCAAUGCCUUUUCUCUUCUUCCAAGAUCUCCCUCCAGAGACAUGGCUGUCAUUUUAAUGCUCAUCCACCAGUUUAUAACAUUUGGGUUUGCCUGCACACCACUAUACUUUGUGUGGGAGAAAGCAAUAGGGAUGCAUGAAUGCAAGAGCUUGUGCAAAAGGGCUGCAGCCAGAUUGCCUGUGGUUAUUCCCAUUUGGUUCUUGGCCAUUAUCUUCCCAUUUUUUGGACCCAUCAAUUCCACCGUUGGGUCACUCCUGGUUAGCUUCACAGUCUAUAUCAUCCCUGCCCUAGCGUACAUGUUCACCUUCAAAUCAUCUGCUGCAAGAGAGAAUGCAGUGGAGCAACCACCAAAGUACAUGGGGAGAUGGGUAGGGACAUACGUGAUGAAUUCAUUUGUAGUAGUGUGGGUGCUAAUUGUUGGGUUUGGAUUUGGUGGAUGGGCCAGUGUUACAAAUUUCGUACACCAGAUUGAUACUUUUGGGCUCUUCACAAAGUGUUACCAAUGCCCGCCUCCAACAAUGGCGCCAUCAUUGCCACACCUAAAUGCCACGGCAGCUCCUCCACCUCUCCACCACCCACACAACCUUACUCACAGCCCAUGAUUUUAGCCACUUCGAAGAUUGCUAACUCCAAAGUUCUCAUAGUCAUCUGGAUUCCACCCUUUGAUCAAGGGCCUUUCCAUCUUAAUCAGCUUGCUUGGUAGACCAUGGACAGAGAGAGGAUAAAAAGAAUCACAAUGUGGUUGGCUAGUCAAAAUUGUCAUGUACUCAUAAACAUACAAAUCCCAUCCUAUUUUCAUCAUAAUUCUGUCUUUAUCCUGCUUUAGAGAGUUGUUAUGUGUUCUAAGAGAAAAAAAAAAAAAAAAAAAGGUCUGUAUGAAAUUUUUGAAUAUGUGUACUUUUAGCUAUGAGAUGCCGAAAUGUUUAGCACC